ACCCACAAUGCAGAAACCAUGAAACUAUCUAUAAAAAGCCACCAUCUCCGACGACACGAAAAACACAUGAAUUAAAAAAAAAACAAAAAAAAAAAUCCAAAACACGGCCAAAAUGAAACUCUUCCUCGUAUGUUUUUUCGUGUUGUCUUUCCAACAGCUGGCCGCCGCCGUGACCGUUAAGGCGGCGUGCGCGCAGACGAAGUCGCCGGAGCUGUGCGCUUCAGUCAUCGGGUCCGAUCCCCGGAGCAGAAGCGGCGACCUCCGCGUCUUCAGCGCCAUCGUCCUCGGAAAGACUCUUUCCGACGGAAACGGCCUGAAACGGAGUUGCCCGGCGGCGUACGCGGGGAUGGUAAACGACGUCGGAGAAGCCAUUCGGAAACUGAAGGAGCGUCAGAUUGUGACUUCCGUUGAUGAGAGCAUCGAGAAGGGCAUUAACGCCGUUAAUGGUUGCCGUGAAAGUCGUGCCGGAGAUCUCGUCACCCUUCUCAAUAUUGCUAAGGAUGUUCUUAAAAUCCUUAAUUAAUUAAAUAAAUGUGGGGGGCAGUUUGGUCUUUUUAAUAAUUGAAAAAAAACAGAGGCUCACUUUUGGUCCUUCAUUCUUCUCAAUGCUGUUAUUGCUGUAAUCACGUCCGGUCCGGUUCAGAAACCCAAAAAGUGAAAAAACAAAACAUGGUGUAAGAAAAUGGUAUUCAGAGAAUUAGCCUGGAAAAAUAUCAAAUAAUUAGAGUAAAAAUAUUUUAUCUUAUAAAAUUGGGGACCCUAU